AUGGAACUCUCAAUUAAUUUUGAACAACUACAACUAAGAUCUGAGUAUUUACAUACUAAUUCAAAACAUACACACUUUCAUGAGAAUAGUGAAAAUGAAUUGUUUGUUUCGUGGGACGAUUGUGUCAUGGUUUUAUAUUCAUUAGACAGUUUACCUGAAGCUAGUCUUUGGAACCCCCUUGAACCUGUGAUUGUGCCAAUAAGUAAUCCAAUAAUAACAAUAUUAACCUUUAAUUCAAGAAUGUAUUGUAUUGAUAAAACUGGAUCUAUAUAUUAUCUAAAACAAGUUCAACGAGAUUCUCCAGACUUAUUUGAUAGUUCCCUGCCUGCUCAAGUUACUCAACAGCCACUGUCCUCCAAUUAUGAGUGGAAAUCCUGCUACUCUCAAAAGUGUCCAUGUGAAAUAUUUGAAGCAACUAGCUAUUCAGAUGGAAUUGCUGUAAUAAUAGCACUGGAAGAAUGGAUAAUAAUACAGAUGUUAAAAAUUACCAUUAAUGAUGAUAAUGAACCAACUGUAGUUAAUACCUGUAACAAACAAAUUAGAUCUAAGAAACCGUUUCCAUUUGUAGUUACUUCGUUUACAUCUUGUACUUGGAGAGAUUGGUUCAGUAGCCAACGGGCUAUAGAACUUUUCGGAUCAAAUGUAAUUGACAGUCUAGAUGUCUUCAUAAUAGCAACAGAAGAGUCAAAAGUAUAUUGUACAACAUCUAAUGUGACCAGUAAAAAUAUUUCAUUAUUUUUAAAUAGUCCACAAGAAAUUGUACAUAUUCAAUUUUGUGAUUUUGAAACGAAAAAAUUGGUGUUGGUGUCAUCUAAUGGAAUACUUAUAAUCAUGAACUGUGUUGAAAAUAUUCAUCCUUCGUUCAUUUACCUGGCAGUUACAAAAACGGUUGCUACAUUUGUUGUUGAUCAUACUGUGAUUUUAAGUGAUGGUAUCCAUUUGUUUCAGAUAACAUUGGAUAAACUAUUUUCUAAAAUAGUCAAACAAGUUGUAACUCAGUUGAAAGGAGUUAUCUCAUUAUGCAGAUUUCAGUCCAAUACAAUUAUUGCAAUGACCCGAUUAAAUAAAGUGUAUAAAUUAUCUGCUAAACUUGAAGUGAUCACUCGAGAAGAACUAAAGUUUAAAUUUAAUGAAAAAUCAAUUUUAGAAAACAUAAAAAAUCUUUGUAAAAGUAUACAGUCUUUAGAAGAGCAACAUGAAAAUAUGAAUAAAUACAUAAAUGCAGUGUCUAUUGUUGCUCGCCAAGAUUUAGUUGCUCAAUUUUGUUCAUUAAACAUUUUAAUCUAUUCAGGUGCUAAAGCUGUCAAAUUAGGAGCUUGCCAAGAUGAAUAUAUUUUUGCAAUCAAACUCUCUACAGACUGUUCAUGGUUGUCAUUUCCAGCUUCAAUUUGGCAACUUUUGGUUCGUAUUACUGACAGUAACAAUUUGUCGUCAAAUUGUGCCCUACAUUCUUUUGAUGUUGAUCUCUUCGACAAUAAUCACCCAUUAAUGGUGAAACACCGUUUAUUGGCUACAGUUGCUGAAAAUUGUACAUCUGGUUUAGUACACUGCGAAUUGGUGUGUCAAGUACAAAAUGAUUCAAUUAAUCGCUGUUUGAUUAUUCCUUUGAAUCCAAUAAAAUUGAAUUCGUUAUAUUUUGUCAAAGCUGAAAAACGAGAAAAGAUACUGGUGAUGAAUCCUUUGGAAGAUAGACAUAGAAAUGUUUUUAAAUUUCCAGAAAACUUAUCAUUAGUAGAUUGCUUAACUGUUAUUACAAACCGAAAUAAACAUAGAAUUUCAAAAUCAUUUUAUAAAAAUAUAAUUGAUAAUAUGCCAAAAACAUUAUAUUUGAAUUAUUUUGGAAAAAUAGUUUCAAUGGUUUUAGAUGACAAAAUUACGAAAACAAUCAUCCUGGAGUGUCUAGAUCAAGAUGUUUUGGUUGCAGUUCGUAAUGGAAUUUUUAGUGAACUUUCAAAUGAUCAACCGGCAAUUAUAAAAUUGUCAGUUCUUGCAGACGUACAAAAACAACUUUGUUUAAUAGAAGAAUUGUCAAUUAAAGAUCGCCAGAACAAACACAUUGUUAAAGAAAUUAAAACUAAUAUUCAAAACCAAAUCAGUAAUCAUCUACCUAUGUAA